CAAUAAUUAACAACAGUUAAAACCCACCCUUUGGCCUCUCUCUCUCUCUCUCUCUCUCUAACUCUAACUUCAAUCCUGACACUAGUUCUUCGUCGGUGAUCUUAUCAGAAGAAAAGGGGAAAAGAGCCAAAAACAAUUUUGAUUGUUAGAAGAUGAGUGUGAUUGAAAUUCUCACUCGCGUCGACGCGAUCUGUAAGAAGUAUGACAAGUACGACAUCGACAAGCAGAAGGACGCCAACAUCGCCGGCGACGAUGCCUUCGCUCGCCUAUACUCUGCCAUCCAAUCUGACAUCGAAGCCGCUCUUCAGAAAGCUGAAACAGCUGCCAACGAGAAGAAUAGGGCAUCAGCAGUAGCCAUCAAUGCUGAGAUUCGUCGAACCAAGGCGAAGUUACUGGAGGAGGUUCCCAAACUCCAGAGAUUGGCUGUCAAGAAGGUUAAGGGGCUUUCGGGUGAAGAACUUGCUGCUCGUAAUGAUCUGGUACUUGCUCUUCCAGAUAGGAUUCAAGCCAUACCAGAUGGUGCUGCUGCAGCACCCAAGCAAUCUGGAGGCUGGGGAGCUUCUGCUUCUCGUACAGAAAUAAAAUUCGAUUCAGAUGGGCGUUUUGAUAGUGAUUAUUUUCAACAAACUGAUGAAUCAAACAACUUCAGACAAGAGUAUGAAAUGCGGAAAGUGAGACAGGAUCAAGGUUUGGAAGUCAUAUCAGAAGGUUUGGAUACACUGAAAAACAUGGCCCACGAUAUGAAUGAGGAGUUGGAUAGACAAGUUCCUUUAAUGGAUGAGAUUGACACCAAGGUAGAUAAAGCGACAUCUGACCUGAAGAAUACAAAUGUCAGACUUAAGGAUACUGUAAAUCAGCUGAGAUCUAGUCGAAAUUUCUGUUUUGAUAUCAUUUUGUUGUGCAUUAUUUUGGGAAUUGCAGCCUACUUAUACAAUGUACUAAAGAAGUGAAAGUGGUUGAAAAGUUUGGACGCUAAUGUAUAAUGUUGGCCUUUGGAUUUCCCUUGCAUCAAUUGGAGGUGUUUUUGCUUCAGCUUGGUUGUAGAGUUGGAUAUAUUUUUUAAGCUUUUUAUGUUUGCUUUUAAUGCAUUUGUUGGCUGUUGCAUAUUGAUUUCGGCAUAGAGAUUAAUUGUAAUAGCCUAUAUUACCUACUAAGGCUCUUGUCUUUCUACUUGAAGUUUAUUUCCUGUCUUGUAUGUUCUUAAAAUUUAUGAAUUCUGACAAACAUGAGUCGAGCUGGUUCAGAAAUGACUUGAUGGACUUUCUUGAAAAUCAAAGCUGAUAUCCCGAUGAAUUGUCAACCGCUACUAGCCUGAGCUGCUCUUGUUAUCGCAAAUGUGGUCAUUUUAGAUUUGUUUGUUUGUUUGUUGUGAAAUGGCAACAUCAGAGUGGCGGUUUGUGGUUAUACGCUAUGUCAGAGAAUUAGGCUGCUGUAAUUGAUGCAAAGCGACUUGUAUGCUGCAGGCUUGCUGGACUGGCAUUAGUGUUGGUCUGCAGUAACUUAUUGCGUUGAUCAAAUCAGAUCUGUAUUGUUGCGACAGUUGCAUUUGAUUACAUAUGGAGGUUGCCUCUCACCAGUCAUGUUUGUCAGUAAAGAUAUGUUUGUCAGUU